AUGAGAAGGAGAGGAAGGAGGAGGAGUGUCACCGGAGGCGGUGGAAGCGGCGGAAGGAACGGCGGAAGAAUCAGAAGAAAGAGAGAGAGAAAGAGAAGAACUGCGACGGAUCUUGCCGUGAUCAAAGAACUUCCGGUCAAACCCAUUGGUUUGGGUGUGACAUCAAAUCUCAGCCGUUCAUCAUGAACCCUCAUUUUCCAUUAGUUUACCAACUAUUAAUUUUUUUUUUUUUUUAUAUAGAAAUGUCUUAGAUUCUUCUCUGCCUUUUGUGUCUGGCUCUAGUUAUAUAUAGUGGCAAUUGGAAAA